AUGCCUCCUCCCGUCCUCCUCCUCCUCCUCUUCCUCCUCCCGUGUCCUGAGGUGUGGAGCUAUGAAGCUCCUGAAGAUAAGCAGGAUGUGUUUGCUCGGAGAGCCUGCCCUGCUUUCCUGACCUUCACCAAUGCUGCCUACCUGGCUGGAGUCACUUUGGAGCUGCCCUGCUGCUGCAAACCAGAACAGGUCCAAUCGGUUGUAUGGUUCUUUAGGAAACAUCUGGGCAGCUCACAGGAGACCAGAGCCCUGGCUGAUCACUAUGGCAACAAGCUCCUGGACCCCAGCCGCGUUCCUCACGGCAGUGCACUGCAGAGUCGAUUCUCCAUCCGUCUCUUCAGCCUGCUGAUCUUCAGAGCCGGUCCCGACGACUCCGGCAUCUAUAUCUGCGGCUCAGGCCGCAGAGACUUCUUCUAUGGUUAUGACCUGGACAUCCAGGAGGCGCAUACGCUCAGCUUCACUCCAAGGCUCACUCCCCCACAAACUACGAGCAAGAAGCAGAAAGAAAGGGAAGGACUCGGCUCUGCUCAGCCGCUGUACCGGGUCUUCACCAGCUUCCGGCCCUGGUCGGUCUGCGAUCGCUGCGGAGCACCGGGAGAGCAGGUUCGCGUCGGACUGUGCUACAUCCGCUCCCGCUUCCUGCACGUACGCUACAGGCGGGCCAAUCAGACGGUGGUUUCCUGCGGCUCGGGGGCGGUGCCGAGGGCUUUCGGACAGCUGAAGCGACGCAGAGUCGAAGCCAAGCUGGAGGUCAAAAGCUGUCGAGUGGAUUGUCCACCUCAAGCCACUCCGUCCUCCAGAAUCCUGCCUCUGGUGACUUUUCUUGGGUACAAUUCUGCCUCCCUGUCAAUGGAGGUACCUGUGUUUUACCUGAACCACCCUGCAGACCGCGUCCUGACCCUGGGCUGUCCCGGGGCACGACCGAAUAUGGCCGUGGCCUGGGACCGAGGAUCUGAACCCGUCUACCGAUCCGAACUCUCGUCGCAUGGCACCACGCCCACCAGACUGCUGAUAGACACCGGACACCACCUGGUGUUCACACCUGCAGAGACUCAGGACUCAGGGGUCUACUACUGCUGGCUGCAGGGUCGCCGGGCUGCAGAGAUACGCCUGCUAGUCUACGCCCAUUUGGGGCGUGGACAGCCGGUGACAUCACAUCCUGAUUUCCAGGCGGCUGUCAACACCGUGUUAACAUCGUAUGCUGUCAUGACGGCUGUUUUUUGCCUCCUGGUGAUUGGCAGAGCUGGAGUCAGACUCCUCAGAGACGCUGGAGAAAGACAUGUGGAUUAA